CACAAAUCCCAUCCCAUCUCCCCGUCAGCUGCUUCCAUCGUUCCCAACGCUCCUCUUUUCCUCUUCGUUUUCUGCCAAUCCACCUUCCCAUCCCUCCCGACCUUCCCAACCAGCAGAUCUCCUUCCCGACAGCGUCCGCAGCCCUCAGCGACGUGUGAGAAGAGAUCUGCCAUUCUCUCGUGUCGGUUAGCUUCCCGCUGGGCCAACCAACCAUAGCAUCCCUUCAUUCGACCGCGAGAAUGCCUUCAGCCGCCAUGCUCCUCGCCCAUCUGUCGGCUCUCGCCCUGUUUCUCUUCGUCGGCGUGACGCACGCCCUGCGCCGCCAUGUCGUCAGCCACAACAUGCUGGUGGUGGGCUCUGAUGCAGCCCCGAGCAGCAUCAGCAUCGCUGUGGCCGACCCCUGCAGCGAGAGCGACAACCACACCCUCUGUCUGCCGUCCGUCGCCCCUCCCCCACCUCCCCCUGAGGUCGGGACCAACGACCUCGACGACGAGAACGUCGACGUGUGCGCGUCCAUGGAGGGGGAGCACAACAUGACGGUGUGUGAGGCGGUGGGCACCGACGAGGACCAGAUAGAUGAGCGCCUCUUCCCCUUCAACGGCACCAAGUCGGGGCUGCCCGCUGCCGGCCUGCGGCCCUUUAGCUUCCUGCAGUUUAGGUAUGGGCCUCCCCGUAGACCCCUCGUGAGGAGGGCGGGACGAAGCGGAUCUACGGCUCCGGAAACCGGUGAGCCAACAAACACCACACGCACAAGCACACCGGGAGAUGCAUGGGUGUCUUUGUGUUGGUGAUGGUGUGGUGUGCGAUGUGUCAGAGUCUCCGGCCCCUGUGGAGUCCGAGGCCUCCGAGUCCCGCGAGCUGACCGGCACCGCCCCCGCCCAUGGCGAGUGCCCCACGGACCUGCCCAGCGAUGCGGCCAAGGGGACGUCAAACCACGGCGAUGACCCAUUCAUUACACGUAACCACAACACUCCACACCACACCACACCGCUUAAGCGGGGAGAGAGCGGCUGCUCAUGUUUUGUUCGUCUUGGUGCGCGUGUGUGCAUCGUCCGUCAGAGUUGUUUUGCGAGCAGAACGAGUACCGUCGCGCCGCCGGUUUGUCGGUCCUGACAUGGGACGAUGCGCUGGCGGGUUUUUCCAAGACGUAUCUGUUUCAGCUGGAUAGAGAGGGAUGCGCAUUCCACCACUCGUCACUCUCACAGAGAAAACAGGUACGUGCGUCAUAUGGACACAACACAACACAUAACGACAUACAGAUACGGUGGAUGUGCUGAUGUGGUUGUGGUUGUGUGUGUGUGUGUGUGCAGAUCGGUGCGUUCCGCCACCCUGGCGAGAAUUUGUAUCGCGGCAAGGGCGUGGCGCCCACCGGCGGACGAGUGGCCAAGCUGUGGUACGACGAGAUACACUGCUACCGGUACAGACAACACACCACACACCACACAGCACACACACCCCCACACAGACUCGGACGGGCGCAAACACCCAUCCGUGUGUGUUCUUUCCGUCUGUGUGUGUGCAGCCACGGUCCGGUGGGCAACGGGUGCACCAAGGUGUGCGAUCGUCGGUGCAGCCAAGGAUCCAUCUCAUGCCAAGUUGGACACUUCACACAACUCAUGUGGCAGGUACGGUCGACCGACCACACACACAACCCUCCUCGACCAGAAAUGUCCUCACUUGCGCUGCGCUGUGUGUGUGUGUGGGUCAGAGUCACACUCACAUGGGCUGUGCCCGUCACCAGUGCCGCGGGAGCACAUACCUGGUGUCCUGCCACUACGGCAACAUCGACGGCAUGGGCGGCAACGUAUACGGACAGCUGCCCUUCGACGACGCCUGCCGGGCACGACUCAACAUACAAUCCUGCUAGCCGGCCGCCCGGCCACAUGGCCACACUGUGGCCACGUAGAUGUAGCAUUGCAUAGCUAUAGCUGCCUGCCCAGCUAGACAGAGGGAGUGAGGGCACGGGUUUUGUUUGUGUGUGAAGGUGCGGCGAAAUGAAGUGACUGCUGUAUGUGUGUGUGCGAGGAAAUGAAGCUGGGCAGCCCUGGGCAGCCUUCCGGUGCGAAAUGCAGCAGCUGGGUGUACAGGCCAGGCCAAUAGAGAGAAGUCGCUGAGUGGGUAGGUGGGUGGCUGUUUUGGUGUUUUUGUCCAUCUGUGUGUGUGUGUAGACGAGGGGGGAUACGUAGGUGUAUAUACAGACAGCUUCGCUUGCUGGUGCGUUUCACUCCAACGGGUGGGUUGCGCCGUGGGUUCUCUUCUGCCGGUCGGAUGGGUCGCUGCAGCUGUUGAUAUUGGUCGACGCCGGUGAAGCAUGGACUGACGCUGUAUUUGCAAGGGCGUCAGUCGUGUCACCAGCGUUGGGACAAACGUACACAGCCAGCCGCAGCCAACACCCCACUGUGCGUGUGUACGUUCGUUCGUCCCAACGGGGGGGGUGGGCUUCGUUCGUUUGAGCUGCGUUGAAGCUGCGGUGGUCUGAAGGAGGUGACCUGGAUGAGUAUCUAAUUAUUAAUUGCAUCAGCUGCUGAUGCAAUUAAUUGAUGCAAUUGAUGGUCAGACACUCAUCCAGGUCACCUCCUUCAGACCGCGCAUUCAUUCCGGUGUUCUGUUUGUCGUUUGUCCGCUUUGCCGGCCAGUGGAUGAGGACGGUCUGCCUUCGCUAUAUAUGCGCACAUGGUUAUCCUUCUGUGGAGCAGCGAGGUGUGUUGCGUCUUCGGACGGACAGGUCCGCUCGUUUGUCUGUGGGUGUGUAUCAGACGCUCUACAUACACCAGUGAAUCAUGCUCUUUAUUGCAGCUUGCAACAAGUAAAACAAUCAUCUCGCGUUCUGG